AUGGCGACCAUCGCUAAGAAGCGAGUCGCAAUUAUCGGCGCAGGCAUAUCUGGCCUGGUGUCGCUGAAGGAGUGUCUGGCCGAGGGGUUGGACGUUGAAGUCCUUGAGAGCCGAGCUGAAAUAGGCGGACAAUGGGCGUACCAGGCGGGGCCGGACGAGAAAGGCGAGCUGCAGUCUUCCAUGUACGAUGGCGUGGUGCUCAACUCGUGCCGCGAUACGACUGCCUUUAGCGAUUUCCCCAUUGAUCCUGCCCGGCAUGGCGACUACUUCUCCCAUCGAGAGAUGCACCGGUACAUUCUCGACUAUGCUGAUCACUUCGGCUUGCACAAGCACAUCAGCUUGCGAACCAAGGUCAUUGACUGCACGCAAGAUGCGGAAGGCAAAUGGAUAGUCAAGUUCCAGGAAGAUGGCUGCAAACCGCAGGAAAGAGAAUACGAUGUUCUCAUCUCGGCUACGGGCAUCAACUCAAUUCCAAUCAUCCCCGAUUUCAAGGACAGGGAAUCGUUCCGGGGCGAGUUUUUGCACAGUCACUACUACAGAAAACCUGGGAGGUUCGAGGGCAAGCGUGUCGUUCUCAUUGGCUCGGGGUCCGCAGCAAUUGAUCUUGCCUGUGAACUUGCACCUGGAUGCAAGGAGGUGCAUGUCAUCACCCGGCGUGGCACAUGGGUAAUUCCACGAUAUGCGCUGGGUAAGCCCGUCGAGGCAUGGGACAGCCGGGCCUCGCAAGUCUGGCUCCCAUCCUCGGUGGCCGAAUGGCUCAACACGACGUUGCUCAAUUUUGUUCAAGGCAAGCAUCCGAAGGAGCUCCAGCCGGACCACAAGCUCAUGCAGCAGAAUCCUACUAUCCGCACCGAGUUCAUCGAGAAGGUGCGCCACGGCGUGAUCAAAGUCCACAGAGCCAGCGUAGAAAACUUCUUAGAGACUGGAUUGAAACUCACGAACGGCGAGACUCUGGAGGCGGACGUAAUCAUCACCUGCACAGGCUACAAGCGGGAGCGCCCAUAUCUUCCCGGAAACGUUCUCAGCAAUGCCGAUACCCCUGAGUUCGAGGCUGACUUGUACAAGUUGGUCAUCCCCGCACGCCAUGACAAUCUAUACUUUGUGGGCUACAUCGAGCAGGCGGGCCCGUCUCCGCCGACAAUGGAGGCCCAGGCACGGUUAGCUGUCGGCGUGAUCGCGGGCAACAUCACCAUCCCGAGGGGUGAGAAGCUGCUCAAGGAGAUCCGCGCGUGGCAGGCCUGGCACGCCAAGACGUACGUCCGCUCGGAGCGCCAUGUCAACACGGAGACGUACGUGCCGUAUAUCGACAGUCUCCUGGCGCCCCUGGGGGCGAACCCGACAUUUGGGAGGCUGCUGGGCCAGGUGUUCACCAGUGGCCGGCCUCUGCAAUCCCUCAGUGUGCUCAGUGCAGUAUAUUUCGAUGUCACAAGUAGCGCACAGUGGAGGCUGCUGGGGCGUGGGAAGAAUGAGGACCUCGCAAGGGAGACCGUCCUUAGGGUAUCAAGUGGCAAGCUAGAAUUGUCGACCCGUGAGAAGCAGCUGCUGGGGCUAUGA